GACUCGUUGACUUGAAAACCGGAAGAGGAGGUGGUUGCCGCAGACACUGCCCCCGCUAUGCAGAGGGAGGGGAAGCAACUUGAAGCGUCAUUAGAUGCACUGCUGAGUCAAGUGGCUGAUCUGAAGAAUUCACUGGGGAGUUUCAUUUACAAAUUAGAGAACGAGUAUGACCGGUUGACCUGGCCCUCUGUCCUGGACAGCUUUGCUUUGCUCUCUGGACAGUUGAACACUCUGAACAAGGUCUUGAAGCAUGAAAAGACACCACUGUUCCGUAACCAGGUCAUCAUCCCUCUGGUGUUGUCCCCAGACCGUGAUGAAGAUCUUAUGCGGCAGACGGAAGGACGAGUACCUGUUUUCAGCCAUGAGGUAGUCCCUGACCAUCUGAGAACCAAGCCUGACCCUGAGGUUGAAGAGCAAGAGAAGCAACUGACAACAGAUGCUGCCCGCAUCGGUGCUGAUGUAGCUCAGAAGCAGAUCCAGAGUUUAAAUAAAAUGUGCUCAAACCUUUUGGAGAAAAUCAGCAAAGAGGAACGAGAAUCAGAGAGUGGAGGUCUCCGGCCAAACAAGCAGACCUUUAACCCUGCAGACACCAAUGCCUUGGUGGCAGCUGUUGCCUUUGGAAAAGGGCUGUCUAAUUGGAGACCUUCAGGCAGCAGUGGAUCUGGCCAGCCAGGCCAGCCAGGAACUGGAACAAUCCUUACAGGAGCCUCAGGAUUGCAGCAGGUGCAGAUGACAGGUGCUCCAAGCCAGCAGCAAUCAAUUCUCAGUGGGGUGCAAAUGGCCCAAGCAGGUCAACCAGGGAAAAUGCCAAGUGGAAUAAAAACCAACAUCAAGUCAGCUUCAAUGCAUCCCUACCAGUGGUUUGUAUCUAGCAUGGAGAAAACAGCAGCUGUGAAAUCUCAAGAUCUUACUCAGCACUGAGUUUCAUCCUGAAAGGUGGGAGCUCACUGAAUCACUGUCUGACACCCAUUGCCUAGGACCUCUCCUUCUCCAGCUCUGUCCUAAGGUUGGGAUUGGGUCAUUGUUGAGCCUCCCUUUUGAUCUUUGCCCCAGUCACCCUAUUUUCUUCCCCUUCUGAUGUUUAUUGUUGUCUUACCUAGCUAGCUUACUUUAGUUAACCUUGUACUUUCUUGGGAAACAGCCAAGAUAGGUAGGUUGUAGCUAAGUGCUCCUUCCAACUCCAUAAGGGGUCCUGGCAUUAGAACUGAGAUGGAGAGGUUGUGUAGUGCCCACCUCCCAUCCUGCUGCUGGGGAAAUGAAGCUGAACUCUGUAGGAAUGCCCUAGUGCAAGGCUGGUCCCUUUUCCCACCCCCAUCUCACCUCCCCCAGGCAGCUGGGAACAACUUCUCCCUUUGUCUGAGCUUCUUGUCCGGAAUAAUCCUCCUAUGGACAAUGUGUUCUCUGUGCCCUGUGGACACAGGAGCCGUAUGAGCUGAUCCCAGCACCAGGCAGGACGGAGGCUGAAUCCUUCCAAACGCCCACCCUGGGUCAACUCCUGAUUACUGUUCAGAGAAACUACUGAGGGAUGUACAUUUUCUUUCAUCUGCUUCAGAUUUGGGAGGAUAACUUACUGAAUUUUAGCAACAGACCAGAAGUAGGGCCAGGGGCUUUGGUCCCCCCCCCCCCUUUUUUUUUAAUCAGUCCUGAUAGUUCAUUGUGCCUAACUGGGGAGGCUUGAUAUGACUCUGGCCUUACAGCCUUGAACACAUAGGGGCUAACAUUUGGAAGGGAUUUGCCACCCUGUAUGGCUACAAGCCUGUACAGCAUGUUACUAUACUAAAUAUGGUAGGCACUUGUAUCUAAACAUAGAAAAGGCACAGUAAAAAUAGUAUAAA